AUGGAUGAAGCUGGUAGGAAGCGACAACAGGAUCCGGCUUUCGCGUCGCCUAGCAAAGACUCUCAUCACGACUUAAGGCCUGGUCAACUCGAUUUUGCCGACCCAUUUUUUGCUUACAAUGGUGCUCUGGACGCCUCCUCUGAGCUAUGUUCAAGAUGUCAGCGAAUCAACUUCGAGCAGAUCGCUCAAUUGCGGGUGUCUCAUAAGGAUGGUUGUCGCGUCGGCUCUAUCGAGCGGCGUGGUCUGCUGAUGGACAAGACUUGCCCAUUGUGCGGUUUCCUCCAGGCCGAAGCCGAGUACCUCGACCAUGACGCAGAGCAAGUCCAUCCGACGUUUGCUGGGGAUCCUUAUGAGCUCCGUGCAUACGCUACCUGGAGUCUCCUGUCCGAGAAUCCUCCAGUAUGGCAGCAGAACGUAUCAGUGUCGGCGCUGUUCCUACGCAACGGCCAACAAGCUGAUACCGGUAUGUCGCGCUAUGGCAGCUUUCUAGUUCCUGUAAUACCUACUAGGGGUUCUAAAAAGCCAGAUAAUGCCGUGCUCAGUGGCAGCCGCCUAGUGACCACCAAGUUCAGGCCGGCGAUGGUCCAACAGGCUCUUCGUACCUGCAGGAAGUCCCAUAAAUGUGGAAGACUCAACCAUAGCCCAGUUUUGCCAUCAAGCACACGCUUCAUUGACUGCAAAAGCCGCCGAAUCGUACCGCUACCAGCAAGAGCUAGCUAUGUGGCGCUGAGCUACGUCUGGGGUGCACGAAAGCCCUCGGCAGCGGAGGCUACGUUCCUAAGAAUACACCAGCGCAUACCGCCGUCAGUGCCGAAGACCAUCGAAGAUGCAAUGGAAAUCGUCAUGCAAGUCGGCGAGAGGUACCUGUGGGUUGAUCGAUAUUGUGUUGACCAAUACCACUCCGAUCAGAAGAGCAUACAGAUUGCUGCCAUGUCGGAGUUGUAUGAGGGAUCCUUGUUCACUAUUGUUGCACUGUGCGAUGACUCAAGCCAGGGCCUGCCUGGUAUCAGCUCAGACUACCGAAAACAGCUGCGCUUCCGGGCUAGAGGUCGAGAAUAUGUGUUUAGUGGCGUCAGCCUGGACAACCAGCUUAGGAACAGCAAAUGGCAGCAACGGGCAUGGGUUUAUCAAGAAGCUGUUCUGUCCAGCAGAUGCCUUUUCAUAGGCACCGAGCAGGCCUUUUUCACCUGCCCCUACGGAAUCAAGAGCGACACCUUCCCGUCUCCAGUCCCAGAAGCCUUGCAAUCCAGCAUCGACUGGUCUUCGUACGACUGCAAGCUCACGCCAACGGUGAUCGAACUCUUCCCUCCUCCCGAGCCGCGUUACGGGCCUAUCGAGUUGCACUUGUGGCGUUAUACACUUCGUUCGCUGACAGAAAGAAGCGAUGCCUUGAAUGCUUUUCGAGGCAUUCUGACUCGGAGUGUUCAGCCUCUUGGUGGGGUGUUCCCUUCAGUCAUGUUCAUUUUGACGAUGGCUCCCAAGGUUAUUCGCUGGAUCUCUUUUGGCGCGCAGCCCGUCAGGAUUCAAGAGCUGAAUACGAUCCCGCCCUAG